CUUUGUGUGAUCAACAUGCGUGUCCUCUUCUUGCCUUUCGCAGUGGCUCUCUUGGGAGUGGUCGGUGCCACUUCUUUAUCCAGGACCUACUUACCGCCUCAGGUGCAGGUGGUGCAACCCCAGGUUAUCUCUGUUCCCAGAGUCCAAGUGCAGCCACAGAUCAUCCAGCACCAGGUGGUUCAGCCACAGAACACCUAUCUACCUCCCGCCCCUCGGGUGGUGCCGCAAGUGGUUCCCGUUUAUCGUCCUUCGCCAGUGGUGCAGAUAGCACGCGCUGCUCCCCAAGUGAUCUCGGUGGCUGCUCCUCGUAACACCUAUCUGCCACCCCAAGUGAUUAGUCGCCCCGCUCCGCAGGUGGUGUCCAUUGCUCGUCCCGCUCCACAGGUGGUGUCCAUUGCUCGUCCUGCACCGCAAGUGAUCUCGGUGGCUGCUCCGCGCAAUACCUACCUGCCGCCACAAGUCAUCGCUCCCCGUAACACCUAUCUGCCGCCCCAGUGAGAUGCAUCAUCAACCGAAACAACAUUUCUGAGCAACCACCAACUCAACUGGUUUGUGGUUUAACCCACAACACCAACUAUAUUCGAAUGCUAAUUCACCAUCUCGGCAAAGAAAUGCAAAAAUACAUUUAAUGGGUUUAUUUGUGUGUCUGGCUUGAUACGAUUAGCAUAUUCUCGAAUUAGCGCAAA